UAAGUGGCGGAUAAACAUACGUUUCCCGUGCUCCGGUUUCCAGCUCUCUUUCCUCCUGCUCAAGAUGACUAAAAAGAGAAGGAACAACGGACGUGCAAAGAAGGGCAGAGGUCAUGUCCAGCCCAUCCGCUGCACCAACUGUGCCCGGUGUGUGCCCAAAGACAAAGCCAUCAAAAAGUUCGUCAUCAGAAAUAUCGUGGAGGCAGCGGCUGUUAGGGACAUAUCAGAAGCCAGCGUCUUUGACUCCUAUGUGUUGCCCAAGCUCUACGUCAAACUGCACUACUGUGUGAGCUGUGCCAUUCACAGUAAGGUGGUCAGGAACCGCUCGCGUGAGGCACGCAAAGACCGCACCCCCCCACCCCGCUUCAGGCCCAGCGGUGGUGCACCCAGAGCUCCUGCCAAGCCCAUGUGAGACACCGAAUAUCUCACCCGUGUAUAUUUCUGUGCAGAAAGAUAAAUAAAUAAAGAAAGAAAGUCA